AUACUCCGAAUGAUUCUGAUGAUGCUAAUCGGCAGAAUUUUUUGCAGUCGAAUGAUGUCCAGCAAAAACAACCUCAAUUACCAUUACCACCAUCGCAACCUAUAAGUCAGCAGCGUGAUAAUCCUUUACCCCCACAAGAACAGCCACAAACUCGAGAAAUUCCUUCUGUGCAAGCAUCGGCGCCUACUCAUUCAUCACCAUUAGACACGAAUUUAUCAGAACAAAAUAAGAAAGAAGGGCCUUCCCAGCAUGAACCCUCGGAAAAUCGUAUCCCAACAGCGCUUGCAGAUCUCGUACAGUCAUACGAAGCUGCUGAAGAGAAAUGUAAAGAAGAUGGUUUUCAUAUCCAACAAAUGCUGGAUGCAAGUCUUCAAUACGUUCCAGAAAGCAUAGAUGCCGAAAGACCAAAACACUAUGUACCAAGAAAUCCUUACCACACAUCCUCUUAUUAUCCACAAACUCCGCCACCAAUAUUUGAUAACCCCGCAUUAUUCGAGAAAUUCGACAUCGACACACUAUUUUUCAUAUUCUAUUAUCAGCAAGGGACAUAUCAACAAUAUCUUGCCGCCAGAGAGUUAAAAAAACAGUCUUGGAGAUUUCAUAAGAAAUACUUAACAUGGUUUCAAAGGCAUGAAGAACCAAAAGCCAUAACAGAUGAAUACGAGCAAGGUACAUAUAUAUAUUUCGAUUACGAAGGUGCAUGGUGUCAGCGUAAAAAGACAGAGUUUAG